AUGCCGGGGGGCGGCGGAGUGCUGCUGCUUUUGCCGCUGCUGGCGGCCCCGCUGCUCGGUGUCCCGGGGAUCGCGCAACCGGCGGGGGAAGCCGCCUGCCGCCCGGUCCGCGCCGCCUUCCAGGUGCUGCAGCCCGGAGCCAAGUGGGUGCCCGAGAGCCCCGUGCCAGGGACCGAUCUGCAGGUAUGUAUCCCAAAGGGCUCCACGUGUUGCUCCAGGAAGAUGGAGGAGAAGUACCAGGCGACCGCCCGCUUGAACAUGGAGCAGCUGCUGCAGUCUGCCAGCAUGGAGCUGAAAUUCCUCGUCAUCCAGAACGCUGCUGUCUUCCAAGAAGCCUUCGAAAUUGUAGUGCGGCAUGCAAGAAACUUCACCAACAGCAUGUUUAGGACCUACUACCAGAGCAUGGGGCCCAGGGCUCUUAAAUUUGUUGGAGAACUUUUUACUGAUAUCUCGCUGUACAUAUUGGGCUCUGACAUCAGUGUCAAUGACAUGAUAAAUGAGUUUUUUGACAGUUUAUUCCCUUUGGUUUACUCUCACGUGAUUAAUCCCGGCUUCCCCGAUCCCUCUGCGGAAAUGACCGAAUGUCUGCGGGCGGCCAGGAGAGACCUCAAAGUCUUUGGGAGCUACCCAAAGACGAUGAUGACUCAGGUGUCCAAGUCCCUGCAGGCCACACGAGUCUUUCUGCAGGCGCUGAACCUGGGCAUCGAGGUGAUAAACACCACUGACCACCUGAAAUUCAGCAAGGACUGUGGGCGGGCGCUGCUGAAGAUGUGGUACUGCUCCCACUGCCAGGGGCUGCUCCUGGCCAAGCCCUGUGCUGGCUACUGUGGGGCAGUGAUGCAGGGGUGCCUGGCGGGCGUCCUGGAGAUCCAUAACCUCUGGAAGGAGUACAUUGGGUCUCUGGAGGGGCUGACCAGAGGCAUGCAUGGCAUCUACGACAUGGAGCACGUCCUCCUGAGCCUGUUCUCCGUGGUGCGCGAUGCCGUUGUCCACGUGCAGAAGAACGAAGGGAAGCUCUCCACGGCUAUCAGCCGGUUAUGUGGCCACGCUCAGCAGAGGCAGAUUCGAUCAGCUAAUUAUCCAGAAGACCUUUUCAUUGACAAGAAAGUCCUGAAAGUGACUCACAUUGAGCAAGAAGAAACUUUGUCGAGCAGAAGGAGGGAACUGAUUGCAAAGCUGAAGUCCCACAGCAGUUUUUACAGCAGCUUGCCAGAGUACAUCUGCAACCACAGCUCUGCUGUUCAGAAUGACACCCUUUGCUGGAAUGGACAAGAAGUUGUGGAGAGGUACAGUCCCCAGAUCACAAGGAAUGGAGCAAAAGCCCAGGCUGGCAACCACGAGGUGAAGGUGAAAGGUCCAGAGCCAGUGAUCAGCCAGAUUAUUGAUAAGCUGAAACACAUCAACCAGCUGCUCAGAGGGAUGACUUUGCCCCGUCGAAAAGCUCCAGGAAAAACUGCAGAGGAGGAGGAGGAGAGCGGAGACUGCGAUGAUGAAGAUGAGUGUGGCAGAGGCUCUGGGGAUGGAGAGCUGCGAGUGAGGAACCAGCUCCGGUUCUUAGCAGAGCUGGCCUAUGACCUGGAUAUGGAUGACAUCACUGCAAAUAAGCAGCUUCUGAAUCAGCAAAGCAAAGAUGGUGCUGCAGUCCCCAGCAGCCAUCCCGGGAGUGCGGCCACCCACCCCUGUCCUGCUGCUGGCAUCGCCCUGAUCCUCCUGCUGCUGCUGGGCCACCAGCCAUGA